AUGUCGGGUGUUGAUGCACCAGCCAAGCAGGCCACUGCAACACUUCCUGUUUUCUAUGCAUAUCUACGAAACUCCUUCUCGCCCUAUGAUUUCAGCGUUCAGUUAUGCUCUGGUGCUGCUUGUGCAGUAUUAUUGGGCGGCAAAAAAUGGCGACGUGCACGGAUCCAGAAGUUUUCCAAAGGAGAUUCUGUGCUAGUGGAUCUUGUGGACAAAGGCACCGAAAACAUUAUCAGCAUUUGCAAUCUUCGCCCACUUCUCAAAGUUUUUGGACGAUUGCCACCACUGGCUAUGCGCUGUCGCAUGAAAGAUGUUAACAUGAACGAUUUGGCUGCUGCAAAAGUAAACGAUUUUCAAAAGUUGAUCAGUUCAUUUGGUGGUCUUGUGCGCGUCGAACUUGCCGAUGUCUCCACUGUCCCGUUCCUUGUCAACUUAUAUCAUCCAACCGUAGAGGGCCGUAAUCUUGGCUUAUCGUUCUAUUGCCCCAAUGAGCAAGCAGGUGAAAAUGCGCGAAGAAGAAGAUGGGAGGAAAAAUUGGCGCGAAUGGAGGGCAAUUUUGCGAGUGAUGAGAAUAGCGAUGAAGGGAGUUCCGAUCAGCUCAGCUCACUACCUGAUUUUGUACUGCACCUUGAAAGGUAUUCAUUUCUCUAG